AUGAAGUUGGAAGAUGAAUUUAAGCUGUCUGAAAAAGUUGUAAAAGAAAAUGAGGAAAAAAUUGAAUCAAGAAAGACUGUUAAGAAGAAAGCUCAGGAAAAGAGAAAGAAGAAAGAAGUGGAAAAGGAGGAAAUUCCCAAUGAUGAAGCUAAUAUAGCAAAGAAUUUUACGGAGGAAAAGGUUAAAGUUGAAAAGAAGCCAGAAAGAGAGUUUGAGUUAGAAAAAGAACAGAAAGAUGAAACCUUGAAUGAAUUGGAAGAUAUGAAAGUGGAAGAAAGAGAUUUAGAAAAGAAAUUAAAAGUAAAGGAAGAGAAAAGUGCAGAAGCAUUAGAAAAUGUAAACAUUAAACUUGAAAAUGAUUCAGAAAAAAUGAUUGAAAAACAGAAAAGCACUAAAGUAAAAGAAAAUGAUAAAGCGAAGAGUGCUACUGAAAAUGAUGGAAAAUUAGCAAAGAAAAAGAAGAAAACAAUAAGCAAACAAGAAAUAAAGGAAAAGGAAACGGUAGAAGAAAAAUUAGAGGAAUCAAUUGGUCAACAAAUAUUAACCAAUGAAUUGAUCACUGAGUUGAAAGAGGAAGAAGGAGAAGAAAUGAAGAAGGAACAAUUGAUAGUAAAACCUAUCAGUAAUUCGAUUACGAUUGAUUAUGGAAUGAAAAAUUUUGAAUUAAUCGUUGAUAUUAGUGGUAAUUACGAGGAAUGUUUUUGGACUAAAGAUGAAAAAGUAAUUGAUAAAAAUUUGAUGAAAAUGACAGCAAAUACCUCAAUUUUGCAACUUAAAAAUGUUAAUGAAUUGACAGCAGGAAUGUAUCAUUGCAUUGUAACGAAUAAAACGGAGAAAGCAACCGGUGAAAUUCAUGUUACUGUUACAGAGAAGCCAAAAAUUGAAUUUGAUGAAGCAGUCGUUGGUGCAAAAGUUGGUGAAAUGUUAAAAAUUCAUGCAAAUGUUACGGGAUUACCUAUGCCAACUUGUAAAUGGCUAAAAGAUGGUGUAGAAUUAAAGCAAAAUGAAAAUACCAUCAUUGCGUUUAAAGAUGGUACUGCUAUUGUAACGAUUAAAAAAGCUAAUGUUGAUCAUUCGGGUCUUUACAAAUUAAUUGUGGAGAAUAUAUGCGGAAAACAUGAAGAUCAAAUUAAAGUGCUAAUUAAAGGAGUUCCAUCUGUACCAGUUGGUCCAUUAGAAGUAUCUGACGUAACAGACGUUUCGUGUAAACUUGCGUGGAAUCCACCCGAGCAUAAUGGUAAUAGUAAUUUACUCGGCUAUUGCAUCGAGAAACGUGAUGCUAAAAAAUCGAGCUGGGCAUUUGUCGCACGUACUACAACAACAACUGCAACAAUAACCGGUUUAGCUGAUACUGCAAAAUAUUUUUUCCGUGUUGCAGCUGAAAAUGCAUUUGGUACCGGACAAGCUUUAGAAAAUAAAGAUGCUGUACAACCAAUAAAAAUUACAGCAAUUGAAAAGCCGAAGAUCAAGAAAGCACCAGAAAAAGUAACUGGCAGAAUUGGUGAUAAACUUGUUCUCAAUGUAGAAUUUACUGCUAAACCAAUACCCAAAGUUUAUUGGUAUAGAAAUGGUGAAGAAAUAAUUGAUAAUGUGGAUAAUACGAUAACAGAAAUGGAUAAGAAAUCAAUGCUUACAAUUCAGAAACUUAUUGAAGAUGACGAAGGAGAUUAUCAGGUUGUUGUUGAAAAUGAAGGCGGUAAAGUGCAACAUAAAUUCAGCUUAGAAGUAAAAUCGGAACCAAUGAUAAUUGAUGCUGACAAGUAUAAAGAGCCGCAAGUUUUCGAUAAAGGUGAAAACGUCAAAUUACAGCUUGCUUUCACUGGUUAG